AGUCAUGUGACUGAGCCUCUUCCGCCGAGUUAAAGUUGGUGCAGCUGUAUGUGCCGCUGUUGGGGACCUUACUGGGGCUGGGUCCCCUGUGGCCCCACCCCAUGGCUCCUUUUGAGUCUUGUGUGUGCAGCUCCAUUUGGCAUGUUGGGAGAAGAGACUCGCCAGGUGUCUAUGGAGGUUGUUUCUGGAUCCCCAACUCCCCAGAACCUGCUUCAUAUCCAGGCAGUGGGCACCAACUCUACCCUGCACUACGUAUGGAGCACCCUAGGGCCUCCAGCUGUGGUGCUGGUGGCCACCAAUACCACUCAGAGUGUCCUGAGUGUCAACUGGAGUCUCCUGCUGUCUCCUGAUCCUGAGGGGGGUCUGAUGGUGCUCCCCAAGAACAGCAUCCAGUUUUCGUCUGCUCUUGUCUUCACCAGGCUGCUUGAGUUUGACAGCACCAGGGUGCCCGAGGGGGCAGCCCAGCCCUCAGGAAAACCAUACCCUCCCUAUUCCUUGGCUGAGUUCUCCUGGAACAAUGUCAACAACUCACUGGAUCUUGCCACUCUGAGCACCAUUUUUCAAGGCCAUCCUGUAGAUGACCCUGCUGGAGCAUUUGCCAAUGGCAGCCUGGCCUUGAAGGUCCAGGCCUUUUCUGGAUCUGGCCGACCUGCCCAGCCCCCUCGUCUCCUGCACACAGCAGAUGCCUGCCAGCUAGAAGUUACCCUGGCUGGAGCUUCUCCUCGUGGAAACCACUCCCGAUUCGGCCUAGAGGUAGCCGCCUUGGGUACGGGCGCUGCCUGCCCCACAGUCAAAGAGCUGCACUCCAUCGAUGACGAGUACGCACCUGCUGUCUUCCAGCUGGACCAGUUGUUGUGGGGCUCCGCACCAUCUGGCUUCGUGCAGUGGCGACCAGUGGCUUUCUCUCAGAAGCAGCGGGGCCGAGACUCAGCCCUCUCCUGCCAGGCUUCCGCCCUUCACCCCACCUUGGCAUAUUCUCUCCCUCAGUCACCUAUUGUCCGAGCAUUCUUUGGGUCCCCGAACAACUUCUGUGCCUUCAAUCUGACAUUUGGGGAUCCCACAGGCCCUGGCUACUGGGACCAACACUACCUCUCCUGGUCAAUGCUUCUGGGAGUGGGCAUCCCUCCAGUGGAUGCCUUAUCUCCACUAGUCCUUGGAAUCAUGGCAGUGGCCCUGGGAACCCCAGGACUCAUGUUGCUGGGGGGAGGCCUGUUUCUGCUGCUGUGCCACAAGCAGUAUUCUGAGUACCAGUCCAUAAACUGAAACCCAUUCUCCAGAGGGAAAGGCAGGACCACACCCGCCUUGCUGGGCCUCGAACUGUCGGAUGGUAGAGGGUCAGUGUUGUGAUCUGCUUUUCUGCAGAACCUCAGAAGCCAGCCUCAACUGCUGGGGGCUCCCUGGGUGAUGUCCUUCCUACCCGAGGGAGAGGCUGGAAUUACUGGUACGAGGAAGGGCCCUACUGGAGUUUCCUCCUCUGUCACUUACCACUCCCCUUCCCUGUGGAUAAAACUUGAAGGUCUGCAAUGAGAAUGACUGGUUGGCUGCCCUAAGGGGCAUGAAAUAGAUACUUUUUCCAUAAAAGAUUCCAAUUUCUUAUUUUUAAA